CCAAUUAUUUUAAAUUUUCAACUUUUUAAUUUAGAAUACUUUAUUCAAAAAAAAGUCAAAACACGUUAUACAAUAGUUUUUCUUUCAAGUUAUAGAUAGAAUAUUCACAUGGCAUGCAUGUUUGACUUUAUAUAAAUACCGAAGAAGAUGGAGUAAGAAUUUGACGGUAGAGACGAAAGAAAAAAAAAGAAGCAAAACAAAAUAGAGAAAGAGAAAGAAAGAGAGGAUGGUGAUAAAGAAAAUCGAGCUAUGCAUAGAGAUUACGAAGAUAACAAUGGAGUUCUUGGUGGUGGUGGCUGACGCCGUCACAAUCUUCUUAAGGCAAUCUUCUCCACCUCCUCCGGCUCUACUCCGCCAUGGUCUCUACUCAUACUCUGCCUCCCCUAAUCCUCCUUCUUCCCAUUACAUCAUCGGCUUUCUUCCCUAAGUUUGUAAUCGUUUCGUUUUAAUGCUUUGUACAUACUAUACAUAUGUAUAUUCUUGCCUUUUUUUUUAUAAUGAAUGUCCUUGUAUAUUAAUUUCUUAAUUUUCGAAUAAAUCACCUCUCACCUUACUUUCUCUAUAUGUAUGUUUAUUUUUAUAAACAAGAACUAGUUUUUAGCCAUUCUCAUACGUUAUCACACUAGAGUUUUUAACUGUUUGUUUCGCUCUUAGAUUGUUAGAAUUCGAUGUGGAAAAGAAAAAUGAAACCCAUGAUUAUCAUAUUAACAUAUUGUUCCAAGAUAUUUUCAAAUUAG